AUGUUCCAACCAAUCAGAUACGCGGAGCGAAUUUUUCACUGCGAACGCUGCUCCAAGUCGUACAAGAACCCAGAGACUCUUAGGCGCCAUCUUACGUACGAGUGUGGAAUCGAACCCCAGUUUGCGUGUAUUCAAUGCAACAGAAGGUUUAAGAGGAAGUUUCACUUGAUCAGGCAUUCGUUGAGGUGCGAAAAUGGGGGAUUCUUUUGUCGAGCUUGCGGCAAGUCGUACAAACACUACCCGAGUUUGUUUCGCCACUUGAAGAAGGAGUGUGGACAGAAUUUUAGAUUUUCCUGCGAGUUUUGCGGGAUUAAGUUUAUCCACGAGAGGGCGCUUAUCCGCCAUGAAAGAAGGCGUAACGACAUCCUUCAUCUCUCCAGUGCCACAGCCAACCCGGCGAUGUCGUUAUCCCUUCGCAGCGCAUGCCACUCUCCUCAUUUUACCUCUCUCUUUUUCAGGCCUCGACUUUCCGCGCUACUCGUGCGCGAAGUGCGGCAAAACGUACAAACACAAGACGCACCUGAAGCGUCACGGGUUUUCGUGUUGGAUAAUAAGUUCUGGUUGGACUGUAAAGAGUACGCGUGCCGGAACUGCUGGAAGACGUACGCGAAAAAGUCGACGAUGGCGAGGCACAUGAAGUACGAGUGCGGCAAGCUGCCCAUGUUCGCGUGCUCGAUUUGCCCGUACCGGGGCUACCAGAAGACGCACGUGGAGCGCCACCUGUCGAGGAAGCAUAACAUUUUGCUCAAGGAGGAGAUCGGGAGGGCGAUCGAGUUCUUGGGGAAGAAGGGGGCGUCAUAG